AUGCUGAACAAGAAAAAGACGGUUCAAUUCUCUGAUAUUUUAAAAGAGGAGGUGGAGAAUGAUGUUUAUUCAGUACAAAAAACAACUUCAACCAAGGCCAAUAAUACUGCUACUACUAUUUCUCCAGAGGAUAUCAAGUCGAUCAAGGAAAAGUUGGAAAAACCAAUUUCUAGAGAAGUUGCUAUGGAAAUUAAAAAGAAGGCGAUAUUAACUUCGGAUAGUGAUGCUGUGCAAGAUUAUUUAUUUGAGGAAGAUGGUGGACAGGAAGGCGAGGAGGAAGAGGAUCCGAGUGAUUGUUUGGAAAGAAGAAUAGGAGUUAAAGUUAAGGAUGUGAUUUUGAUUUAUGCAUGGUUGAUAUUGGGAGCAUUAUUGAUUUAUUAUGUUUAUUCAUCAGUUAAUACCUAUGUUGUGGACAGAAACAAGCCAGCGACCAAUGUUGCAUACACAGCUCAAUCAAAACUCUCAUUUCCUGCUGUCACAAUAUGCAAUUGGAAUACUGGAGAUGAUCCUGUGAAUGAUAUUGCCUUGGAUUAUUGUUUUCAUGCAACGUCAAAUGAUUCAACUCACGAAGAAUGCAAAUUUCCAAUUACAAAGAAGAAAAUUGUUAGUGGAGAUCAGAUUUUCUCCUGCCUAGUUCUGAAUAAUGACACCAGAACUCCUCUCCAAGCCACAAAAACAGGUUAUUUGGGCACCAUCUCUGUAAUUGUGACCAUCAAAAAUGUUACAUUAUCCUCUGGAGAGAUUAGAUCCUCUGGAGUCCAAGUUACCUUCCACAAUAUUGGAGAAACAGCACAAGAUUUGCUUCUCAAUGAAACAAAGUGUGCAACUCCAAACUUUGAUAAUAAUUUCUCAAUUUCUAAAGUUGUGAGCCACACCAUUAGACCAACACCAUUUACCAAAACUUUUUGGGAAUCCUCUUAUUCAGCAGUAGAAUUGGUAAAACAGAGGAAUAACAAGAUUAUGGUUUCAUUUGCUUACAACACGCUGAACAUACAACAGGUAACAGAAUAUGAAGCAAGUAACUGGCUACAAUUAUUAGGAGAAAUUUCAGGCAUGGCCAGCACACUUUAUGGAUUUGGAUUUGUUAUGUUUUGGAGAACAUGUUUGUGGUUACCAAUAGCAAUCAAGAAAAAGUCUGUAAAGGUAGUUUGGGAGGAGCUGAACUGA